AUGGAGGUGAGUUGAAUUGGGAGUGAAAUGAAGAUGACUAGUUCAGAGGCAAAGAACACGUGCACAGGGCAGCUUCGAAGUGUCGUUUGGAGUUAUUUAGCAUUCAAAAUUGAUAAAUUUCCUUGGGGAUCAGAUCUCAAGGGAGGUUGAUGGUUAUUGAUCUUUAGCAGAUAUUGCCACCGCCAAAAUUUUGGCUCUGGCUCUUAGCUAUAAUAGUGGGAAAGGCGCCUCAGACAUUCUCCUUUUUACAGGCUUCAAACCAAUGCUUUUUUUGUGAGAUUAGCUCGAUCGCCCACUCUAGGACAUCCAAUUUACUGUCUUCUGCCUGCAUUAAUGAUUAUAUAAUUUCAGCAAUUGUUGCUGUUGGCAUAUGCCCAGUUCUUCCUGAGCGUUUGCGCUCUCGUGUCAUUCGCUGCCUCGGGAUGUGGCAAGAAAAAAAGUCCUGCCGCCGGCGCUUCCCAGGUGAAUUCCCCAACAGCACCUCCUUCUUCUGCUCAACGUGAGUUGACAAUCUUUUUUAUUUUUGCAAAUUGUUUUGGGCUAACAAGGGAAGUCACUUAAAUCACGGAUCGAUUUUGUAAAACGACUGAUACAGCGAUGGGGAGGGUAGGACGGAGAUAUCAAAUCUGAAAACCGCUACCUCCACCGGCCUCUGGGAGCCGAGAUAAUCGACCAAAAAGUUUGACAAAAUUCCUCCGAACAUUUCUUCCUUCCGAAAGAAGAAAACCCAGCGAACCGAAUGGUCCGGUGGUCUGGAAGCGCGCUUCCGGGCCUUCACCUUUUCAGGUUCGAAUCCGCGCGGGUCUCGAACUUGUGAAGAAUUUAUAAAACAGUUGCUGUGAUCCAGUAAAUUUACUAGCAACUUAUUUUUACAUUUUAUGCAUAUUUUAUGGUAAAUUUUCAACCUUGAAAAUUCAAAUCGGAGCUCGCAUUCAAAUUAUUACUCUGAAAUUUUUAAAAUAUGCAAAAAAUCAAAAAUUUUAUUUUACCGGUAAAUUUACUGGAUUACAGGAAAAGUUUUAAUAAAUUAUUUGACCCAUGCGGAUUCGAACCUGAAAAGGACAAGGCCCGGAAGCGCGCUUCCAGACCACCGGACCAUUUGGUUCUCUUCCCUCCUUCUUUCGGAAGAGAGGACUGUUCGGAGCAACUUUUUUUGGUCAAACCUUCUUGGUCGAUUAUCUCGGCUCCCGGAGGCCGGUGGAGGUAGCGGUUUUCAGAUUUGAUAUCUCCGUCUUACCCUCCCCAUCGCUGUAACAGUCUUUUUACAAAAUCGAUCCGUGACUUAAGUGACUUCCCUUGUAAGGUUUUUGGGGUUUGGCUGGCCUUGUAAGUUGGCUCAACAAGGUAAAGGGGGUCAUUUGAGAGCUUGUCAUUGGUAAGAUGACUAGUGUAAUGUCUGGAAAGGCACAACGUGAAACGAUUUGUAUUGUGCCACUUUUCAGCCGGUGCUCAGGCUGCUGCGGCAGCUCCGGCGGCUCCGGCAGCUCCGGCCGCUCCCGCGGCUCCGGCGGCUCCAGCAGCUGCAGCUGGUCCCGGCCCCGUUGCCGCUGCCGCUGCCGCCAUGGCCCAGAUUAAGAAAGAAGGAUCAAAGAAGGACGCCAAGCCUCCGGAAAAGAAGGAAGAGAAGAAGGAAAAAUCUAAGAAAGAGGAAAAGAAGGACACUGAGGAAAAGGUAGAACGGGUUUUGAUAUAUUACACUAGGCGAUGACAUUAAUAAUUUAUUUAUAGAAAAUAUUACAUAGUUUGAGACCCGAGAAAUAGAGAUAGCUACCCUAAAAAAGCAUUUUUAUUGCUCCGUUCGCUCUCUUUCCUUUUUUAUCCCCCUUUUGAAAGCGCGAUUCCAGCCUUUUUACCCGACUCUAUUAGCUAACCACCGAAAAUUCGGAAAGAAGAGAGUGUGUCAUUCUGGCCGAGUGGUCUAAGGCGCUGCGUUCAGGUCGCAGUCCUCUUCGGAGGGCGCAGGUUCGAAUCCUGCGGAUGACAGAAAUCGUUUUUGCGGUGUGUUGAGGAUACGAGGGUCUAGAUUUUUGCAUGAUUUUUUUAUUUUGCGCAUUAUUGCGUAUUUGAAGAUUUGUUGAUCGAAUUCUUUCAGAAGACGGCUGACGGAGGAGACCAGAAUUAUGAAGAUGUCGCGGUUGGUGAGGACGCCCCUCCACCACCUCCAGCCUAG